AUGAGUAAAGAGAUCCAGAAGAUGGAAAGGGAGAUAUCCCACAUUGAGCAAGACAAACCAUUACCCAAAGACCCGUAUGAGAGUGAUGAAACGGCUAAAAAUAACGAUUAUUUUGUUGAAAAAGGCAAACUUGAGGCCGAAGUAGCACAGAACAAGGAGCAGGAUAAUCAAGCGUCAAGACCUAAAGCAGUGAAGAGAGGAACCAGCAAACGGUUUCCUGGAGUUUGGCAUGAGGACGGAAGACGUGAGUUACGUGAGAAGGACUGUUAUGAGGCACUUGGAUAUUCGUUUCCUUGGUACAAAAAGUGGAUGAUUUUGUCUAUCAUUUUCGCAGUCCAAGUAUCGAUGAACUUCAAUACCAGUGUGUAUCCAAGUGCCAUUCCUUUAAUCUCUGAAUACUGGGGCAUUGGUUUGCAAAAAGUCAGGGUAUCCCAAAUGAUAUUCCUUGUUUGUUAUGCCUUUGGAUGCGAACUUUGGGCUCCUUGGUCCGAGGAUUAUGGUCGUUGGCCCAUCAUGCAAUUGAGUUUAUUUCUUGUGAACAUUUGGCAAAUCUUGGGUGGUCUUGCUCCAAACUUUGCAACUGUUGUCAUUGCAAGAGCCUUAGGUGGUUUCUCGUCUGCUGGUGGUUCCGUUACUUUGGGAAUGACGGCCGACAUGUGGGAACCUCAAGAACAGGGUUUUGCCGUGGCAUUUGUCGUGCUUUCGUCAGUGGGUGGUUCGGCUGUUGGUCCUAUCUUUGGAGGAUUGAUGCAAGACCAUCUUCACUGGAGAUGGAACUUUUGGAUCCAGUUGAUCUUUGGAGGAGUGGUUCAAAUUGCUCACUUCUUCUUGGUUUCGGAAACGAGAUCCAGUGUUAUGGUGGAUAAUGAAGCCAAGAGAAGACGUAAGAGUGGCCAGGAUAAGAAUGUCUACGGUCCAAGCGAAAUUCACGGUCAUAAUAUAAGUUUCAAAGAAGUGCUCAGAAUCUGGCGCCGUCCCUUUGAGAUGUUCUUGACCGAACCAAUCGUGUUGUGUCUUUCCCUUCUUUCUGGUUUCUCUGACGCCUUGAUUUUCAUCUGUAUGGAGUCGUUCACUCUUGUUUACCAGCAGUGGAAUUUCUCUGCCACGGCAUGUGGUCUUGCGUUUAUUCCAGUCAUCAUUGGCUACUUCAUUGCUUAUGGUAUACAUUUGCCAGACGUCUGGAGACAGCAGUAUCUAACAGAAACGUACGGCGAAGGAUCAAGGUUUGCUGAGAGAAGACUUCUUCUUCUCUUAUACAUUGCACCUUUAGAAGCCAUCGGGUUAUUUGGAUUUGCCUGGACAAGUAUGGGCCCAGAUUACAAUCCUUGGAUUGCACCCAUGAUCUUCACCUCAUUAAUUGCAAUUGCCAAUUACAGUAUCUACAUGUCGACUAUAGAUUACAUGGUGGCCGCAUAUGGACCAUAUUCUGCAUCAGCUACAGGCGGUAAUGGCUUUGCUCGUGACUUUUUGGCUGGUAUUGCAGCCAUGUACUCCACGCCUUUGUACAACAAUAUUGGGCGUAAGAGACACUUACAGUGGGCUAGUACGUUGUUAGGUUGCUUGGCUAUGUUGGUUGCAAUUCCUAUUUACAUCUUUUACUGGAAGGGCCCACAAAUUAGAGCGAAGAGUAAGUUUGCACAAACUUUGGCAGCUGAUAGAAAACUUAAGGACGAAGCUUCUUCUGAUGAAGAAGAUGACAAUGAAGUGAGAGUUUAA